UUUGGCACUAGGAGGCUGAAUAUCCUUGCUUUUUAUGGAGACAUCAUAUGUAAGAAAAGUCUAAGGCUUUGUAAAACUGUUGCCCAAUAGACUGGAACAUGGAGACACAGCUAGACCCCAUGAAGGAUGACUUGCCCUUAAUGGCCAACACUAGCUACAUGCUUGUAAAGCACUAUAUAUUGGACUUGGAUGUGGAUUUUAAAAGUAAAGUUAUUGAAGGUGUCAUAGUUUUAUUCUUUGAGACUGGGAGCCGGUACAGGAAAACCAGCAGUACUGGCAAAGAAGGUUGCCAGUCACAGUCUGAUGAAACCUGUAAAAUGAGGGCAUCUGAACCCUGCCACAUUCCUGUGACAAAUGUGAGUGCCUGUUCAUCUAAAACAAACUAUAAUGAUUUUGCUGUCUGUGGUAAAGGUGAAGAUACUUCUGAUACAAAUGGUAACCAUAGCAAUGAGGAACACGCUUCUGGGAUUUCUAGUUCAAAGGACUGCUGUGAUAUAGAGAAUCAUGGGAACAAGGAUUUUCUGCUGGUAUUGGACUGCUGUGAUUUAUCUGUGCUGAAGGUUGAGGAGGUAGAUGUUGCUGCUGUGUCAGGCAUUGAAAAAUUCACGAGGUCUGCCAAGCUAACUGAUGUUUCAAAGGAGGUGGAAAAUCUCAGGAAUCAGAUUGUACAUGAACUUGUGACUUUACCUGCAGAUCGCUGGAAGGAACAGCUAUACUACUUUACUUGCUGCAGCCAGGCGCCUGGCUGUGGAGAGCUUCUGUUUACUACUGGCACUUGGAGCUUGGAGAUAAGGAAAUCAGGAAUUCAAACUCCAACAGACUUUCCUCAUGCAAUAAGAAUAUGGUACAAAACCAAACCGGAGGGAAGAUCUGUUACAUGGACUACAGACCAGAGUGGCAGGCCAUGUGUUUAUACGAUGGGAUCACCAAUAAACAACAGAGCCCUUUUCCCAUGCCAAGAACCACCUGUUGCCUUGUCAACAUGGCAAGCCUCAGUCCGAACAGCUGCAGGCUUUGUUGUGUUAAUGAGUGGUGAAAACUCAGCAGAACCAGUCCAGCUUCGAGAAGAGUGUGGAAGCUGGUACUACUAUGUGACUAUGCCAAUGCCAGCAUCCACCUUCACUAUUGCUGUGGGGUGCUGGCAGGAAGUUAAACAGCAGUCCUUCACAGCUGCUAUCCAGACAAACAUGGAGUUUUCCUUGCCAUCUUCACAAGCUGAUUUCAGAUGGCAUGAAGAAAUCUGUGGUCAUGUGGAAUAUCCCUGUCGUUUCCAAAAUCCUGCUGCCAGGUUGCAGGCAGUCAUUCCUUAUAGAGUCUUUGCUCCCUCGUGCCUUAUGGAACACUGUGAAGAACAUUUGCUUCAGCUCAUUCCUCAGUGCCUCUCAGCUGCUUAUACCACCCUGGGUACCCACCCCUUUUCCAGGCUUGAUGUUUUGAUAGUUCCUUCCAACUUUUCCAGCCUGGGAAUGGCUAGCCCACACAUCAUCUUCCUGUCACAGAGUGUACUACCGGGAGGGAGCCAUCUCUGUGGAACACGUCUGUGCCAUGAAAUUGCUCAUGCUUGGUUUGGGCUCGCCAUUGGUGCUCGUGAUUGGACUGAAGAGUGGUUAAGUGAAGGGUUUGCCACUUUUUUAGAAGAUAUAUUUUGGGCUACAGCACAACAGCUGUCACAUGAUGAAGUAAAAGGGCACCAGGAAUUGAAAGCUUUACUUCGCUGGCGCCGACUCCGAGAUGAGGUGCAGAACUCUGAAGAAGAGCUGCAAGUUUUAAGGCCCAAAAAGGAGAGCACAGGAGAAUCGAGUGAGUCUGGAGCAUCUGUUGUCAAACAUGGUCUUAAAGCAGAAAAAGUCUUCAUGCAGGUUCACUAUUUGAAGGGUUAUUUCCUUUUGCGGUCUCUGGCAAGGUCAAUAGGAGAGGCUUCAUACCUUGCAUCUUUACGAAAAUUUGUCCAUAAGUUCCAUGGGCAGCUUGUCCUUUCUCAGGAUUUUCUUUGCAUGCUGUUGGAGGACAUCCCUGAACAAAAAAUAUCUGGGUUAACUGUAGAAAGUAUCUUCCAGAAUUGGCUUGACACUUCCGGAAUACCAAAGGUCGCAAAAUGGAUUCAGACAAACGAGAGGAUCAGAAAAAGCGGCAAAAAGAAAAGAAAGCAGGAUGAAGUCGUUUUCCAGAAGCUUCUCCCUGACCAGCUGGUGUUACUUCUGGAGUCUCUCUUGGAGGGGAAGACAUUGUGUCCUAGAAUACUGCAGUGCUUAGAGAAAACGUACCAGCUCCGGCAGCAAGAUGCUGAGGUUCGUCAUCGGUGGUGUGAGCUUGUUGUUAAACACAAGUAUGUGCCUGGGUACGGAGAUGUUGAGAAAUUUCUCAGAGAGGAUCAGGCAAUGGGUGUCUAUCUCUAUGGUGAAUUAAUGGUGAAUGAAGAUGCGAAACAGCAAGAACUUGCACAUAAAUGCUUUGCUGCAGCACGAGAACAUAUGGAUGCGUCCUCAGCCAAAGUGGUGGCAGAGAUGUUGUUCUGAAGAGGAAAGAUCACAGAGAAACUCUUUUAAUGUAUCUCCUACUAAACCCUGAUGGUACUAGGAUUUCAUUGACCCAAGACAUCAAAGGAAGGAUUAUGUGACUGCUAAAACAAUCAGCUGACAGAAACAUUUACCUCUCAGUAUUUAUGUCUUCCAGAGGCUCACGGUAACCAAGGAUGCACGUGCACAAAACAAACUACAUGCACACACACACACAUUACUGUGGCUUUAGGUAGUUCUUUAAUACAAGAAAUUUGGGGUUUAUCCAUGCUCUUUGGUGAUACAACCAUUCCAGUUUGCAGAUGCCAAGGGACUCUUGAACAAUUUAAUGCACUCCAGUAAUUUGGCCAACAUUAGUAAUCUCUGAAAUUUGAUGAAACUAUAUUCUGUACUUAAAAUUUUGUUUGUAACUUCUAUGCCAAAUUAAAAAGCCAAUAUAAAAUUAGCAGGAGCCUGGGUGGGGCUGGGGAGGUUAACUGGAAGUGGAAAUAAUCUGUGAAAAGUGACCAGCCAUCAUCCUGGUGAUGGGAUGGGACUGAAGGAAAAACAAAGAUCAGCAUUCUCUCUCUGUCUUGUUUAGGUUAACUUUUACCAGAAAUGUCAGACCUUCAAUUUUCUGAAAAUGUCUUCCAUACCCCUGUGCUGCUCCUUUUGCACAGUGAUAUAUCAAGUGUAGCUCUUCCUUCCUAGGAACGUACUGCUCCACUGAUCAGAAGACAUCUCAGUUGUUCCUGUCAGAGAGUAAGAAUUUAAAACACAAAAAUUUGUGAACAUAUUUACUUUGUACACUAUUGUUUUGCAUCAAAUACUCUUGUAAAA